GUUAUUUAAACAGAUGUCAAUGCAGAGCAGAUUAUAAACUGAUCGGAUGUGUGAUUACCAAAUUCGUAUCCGUUUAGCAAUCAAAUAUCCUUAAUCAAAUACGGAUAAUAACCGCUUUUAACAGAUGAGAAUAUUUUUCAUAUAAACGGAUACAGAUGCGGACGAUUUCUGAGAUGCAGUUACUUGUUGAAUCUCAAAUCGCUGAAUACUAUCAAGGGAUGAAGCCCGAAGAUGAGAGGUUUGAGAACGGAGAGAGAGAGACUAUCGAUUCAUUACACAGUGAGGACAGAGAGAGUGAGUCCACUGAGACCAGCUCUGAAGUUGGCAUAGUCAUUGCUGACAGCGAAUACGAGGAAAGUGAGAUGGAGGAUGAGCAGAUGCGAAGCUUUGGGAGCGAAUUGGAUGAAGAGCAGCCAGGUCUUGAGAUGGGCAGCCACUCCAGUCUACCGGAAGAAGGGGUUGGCGCGGCUCAACCAAUUCCAGGCUUGCUUUCUCAUCGGGAGUGGAAAGUGAAGUUACUCUUUCUUUAUUCUUUGCAUUUUCAUGGGUAGUUGCACACAUUAUAAUACAUACACAGCGAUGAUGAACAUGUGAUUAAGUUGUCUAGUUCAAGUAGUUCAUUAAGGUACAUAAUGUGAGUGGUAGUAAAAGAAAACCUACUGG